UUAAAAAAAGUGAUCUUGGCAACGAGGUUAUGUUUACUGGAUAAUUUUGUCGAGUCAGAUUAGAUAUUUGUGAAAUCUUAUAUUUGUUUCUUUAUAUUAAGUAUAAAAGAAAAAUGCUGGUGACACUAAAAACUUUACAACAACAAACGUUCCAAAUAGAAAUUGAUCCGGAUGAAACAGUCAAAGCAUUGAAGCUUAAAAUUGAAGUUGAAAAAGGUAAAAAUUAUGCGGCAGAUCAGCAAAAACUUAUUUAUGCGGGAAAAAUUCUUCUUGAUGACAAUAAACUGCGUAUAUAUAAUAUAGAUGAAAAAAAAUUCGUCGUUAUAAUGGUGACUAAACCUAAAUCUUCGGAUCAUCAACAAGCAUCAUCGACCUCGGCGCCAGAGGCCGGAGAAAGUGCUUCAACGGAAAGUGGUGACGGUAACGCUAAAGCUGCAGAAGAAAAACCAAAACCUACACCUGCAACCGAACCCGAACGUGCUGCUGAGCCACCUAUUACAGCUAAUGAACUUGACUUUGAAACAACAGUCCAGAGCAUAAUGGAUAUGGGAUAUAAUAGACAACAAGUCGAACAAGCACUUCGAGCAUCAUUCAAUAAUCGUGAAAGGGCUGUGGAAUAUCUUAUAACUGGUAUUCCAGAAGAAUUGCUCCAAGAACAAGAAGUCGAAGAAAGCUCUGAUGAUGACCCAUUAGGGUUCCUCCGUGAUCAACCCCAAUUUCAACAAAUGCGUGCAGUAAUUCAACAGAAUCCCAAUUUGCUAAAUACUGUACUCCAACAAAUUGGCCAAACUAAUCCAGCUCUUUUGCAAGCCAUAAGUCAACACCAACAAGCAUUUGUAAGGAUGCUUAAUGAACCUGUAAAUACUCCUCCAACUGCUGCUGCUGCUGCUGCGGCUGCAGCAGCUGCUGUUGUUGCUCCAGAUGAAGUUGCUACUGAUAAUCCACCACAGUCUCAAAAUGUUCUUCAAAUAUCUCCUCUAGAUAAAGAGGCUAUUGAGCGAUUAAAAGCAUUGGGUUUUCCAGAACAUAUGGUGAUACAAGCUUAUUUUGCGUGUGAAAAAAAUGAAAAUCUUGCAGCCAACUUUUUAUUGUCUCAAAAUUUUGAUGAUUAAAUUAAACAAAGAUAUCAGUUUCUUAUAUUGAAUGUGGAAAACAAAGUAACAGUAUGUUGUAUACUGUGUUUUAAGUAAACAGCCUAAUAGUUCUAACCUUCUGCUUUGUACAUUUCCUUAAUGUGCACUAAAAUUCCAAAUAUUUUGUCAUGAUAAAAACGUCUAAAAAUAAAUAUCUUAUUGUACGACUUAUUCAACUCUUUAAAUAAAGAAGUUGUUGUUAUUUUAA